UGACCGUGAUGGCGGCCCCGGUGGGCGAGCGGUGCCGCCGGCAGCGCACGGCGCGGCGGAUGGUGAUGUGGUAAAUGUAGCCAAGCUCUUCUCUACCUAGGAGACAUUCUCCCCUGAGGAGCAGUUCCCUUCUGCUGGACAUGCUCACAGAACUGCACAGCCAUGGACCUCAAGGAGAAGUGUCAGGAUGAGAUGACCUCAAGUUUGGGCCUUACCACAAAGAAGGCCCUCACAAUCCUGAGAGACCAGCUGUCAGCACUGCUGGAGGGGCAUCAGAAGGAACGGAAAAAAGUGACUUCAUGGAAGGAGGUGUGGAGGAGCAGUUUUCUCUACCAUGGUAACCGCUGCUCCUGUUUCCACUGGCCUGGUGCAUCUCUGAUGCUGCUGGCGGUGCUGCUGCUGCUGUGCUGCUAUGGGAGCCAGCCACAGGGGAGCCAAGGUGCUGAGAUAGUUAAUGCACUGGCACUCUUCCUCCUGCUCCUCUUGGAUCUCCUCAUGAUCGGCCGUCAGGAGAGGCUGAAGUGCAGAGAGGUGGAGAGGAGACUCCAGACAAUUGUUGAUAAGAUAAACGAUACACUUGGCAAGGAGGUGAAAUGGCCAGACUCCAUGUACCCUGACCUUCACAUGCCUUAUGCCCCAUCCUGGUCCCUUCACUGGGCCUACAGGGAUGGGCAUCUUGUCAACCUGCCCGUGAGCCUCUUGGUGGAAGGAGAUGUCGUUGCUUUGAGGCCAGGCCAGGAGUCAUUUGCUUCUCUGAGAGGGAUUAAGGAUGAUGAGCACAUAGUUCUGGAGCCAGGAGAUCUGUUUCCACCUUUCUCACCCCCGCCCUCCCCAAGGGGAGAAGUGAAGAAGGGACCUCAGAACCCUCAGCUGUAUCGUCUCUUCCGUGUCUUGAAGACCCCAAUAAUUGAUAACGUCAGGUGGUGUCUGGAAAUGGCUUUGUCACGGCCUGUGACAGCCCUGGACAAUGAGAGGUUCACGGUGCAGUCAGUGAUGCUGAAGUACGCCGUCCCCAUUGUGCUGGCCGGGUUCCUGAUCACCAACGCUGUGCGCUUCAUUUUCAAAGCUCCUGGAAUCGCUUCUUGGCAGUACACUCUUCUUCAGCUGCAGGUGAAUGGUGUCUUACCCAUCCUUCCAUUGCUCUUUCCUGUCCUGUGGGUUCUUGCUACAGCCUUUGGAGAAGCCAGAGUCCUGGCCCAGAUGAGCAAGGCCUCAUCCACCUCACUGCUUGCUAAGUUUUCAGAGGACACUCUCAGCAGCUACACAGAGAUGGUAUCUUCUCAGGAAAUGAUUCGCUGUAUCUGGAGUCACUUCCUCUGUGUUUUAAAAGGCAAAUCCCCAACUCUGAGCUUCACUUCCAGCUUGCUCCACAGCCUGGGAUCUGUCACUGUGCUCUGCUGUGUAGACAAGCAGGGGAUUCUUUCCUGGCCAAACCCCAGCCCAGAGACUGUUCUGUUCUUCAGUGGGAAGGUGGAACCACCUCAUGAUAGCCAUGAAGAUCUGACUGAUGAGCUCUCUACACGGUCCUUCUGCCAUCCUGAGAUGGAAGAUGAGCCCCACGAAAGGGACGCUUUGCUCUCUGGGCCCUUGGCAGACACAGUCCACAUGACCAAUGAACAAGAGAGGAACAACUGGCCCGGUGACCCUGCAAAGCCUCCCGAUGCCCCUGCCCACCGGAAGCCGAACAGCAGAAGCAAACACCCCUCUGGAUCCAACGUGAGCUUCAGCAAGGACACGGAGGGUGGAGAGGAGGAGCACACUCAGGCUGCCGGGGACAGCGAGGUGUUGGCUUGCGAGGCUGAAGACUUCGUGUGUGACUACCACCUGGAGAUGCUGAGCCUGUCCCAGGACCAGCAGAACCCCUCCUGCAUCCAGUUUGACGACUCCAACUGGCACAUGCACCUGAACUCCCUGAAGCCCCUGGGCCUGAACGUGCUGCUCAACCUCUGCAACGCCGGCGUGACGGAGCGGCUGUGCCGCUUCUCCGACCACCUGUGCAACAUCGCCCUGCAGGAAACACACAACGCUGUGCUGCCUGUCCACGUGCCCUGGGGCCUCUGUGAGCUUGCCAGGCUAAUAGGUUUCACACCAGGUGCUAAAGAUCUUUUCAAGCAGGAGAACUAUUUGGCCUUGUACCGCCUGCCAAGUGAUGAGAUGGUUAAGGAAACAAUCCUGGGGAAGCUUUCAUCCAUCACCAAGAGGAGACCCCCCCUGAGCCACAUGAUUAACCUGUUUGUGAAGGACACCACUACCAGCACUGAGCAGAUGUUCUCCCAUGGGACAGCUGACAUCAUCCUCGAGGCCUGCACAGACUUUUGGGAUGGCACCGAUAUCUACCCCCUCUCUGGCUCUGACAGGAAGAAGGUGUUGGAUUUCUACCAGCGAGCCUGCCUGUCAGGAUACUGCUCUGCCUUUGCCUACAAGCCCAUGCAUUGUGCCUUGUCCUCCCAGCUCAAUGGGAAGUGCAUCGAGCUGGUGCAGGUCCCGGGGCAGAGCGCAAUCUUCACGAGCUGCGACCUCCCUGGGACAACCCCCAUCAAGCAGAGCAGCAGGAGGAAUAGCUGGAGCUCAGAUGAAGGGAUUGGGGAAGUGAUGGAGAAGGAAGACUGUAUCCAGGCUCUGAGUGGACAGAUCUUCAUGGGAAUGGUCUCAUCUCAGUAUCAGGCCCGUCUUGACAUUGUCCGCCUCAUUGAUGGAUUGGUCAAUGCCUGCAUCCGUUUUGUCUACUUCUCCCUGGAGGAUGAGCUCAAAAGCAAGGUGUUUGCUGAGAAGAUGGGUCUGGAGACCGGCUGGAAUUGCCACAUAUCCUUAACACCCAACGGUGACGUGCCUGGCUCGGAAAUCCCUCCCUCCAGCCCCAGCCACGCUGGCUCCCUGCACGACGACCUGCACCAGGUGUCUCGAGAUGAUGUGGAGGGGCUUCUGCUCAUGGAAGAGGAAGGGCACUCGGAUCUCAUCAGCUUUCAGCCAACAGACAGUGACAUCCCCAGCUUCCUGGAGGACUGCAACAGGGCCAAACUCCCUCGGGGGAUCCACCAGGUGAGACCCCACCUGCAGAACAUUGACAACGUGCCUUUGCUGGUGCCCCUGUUCACAGACUGCACCCCGGAGACCAUGUGUGAGAUGAUCAAGAUCAUGCAGGAGUAUGGGGAGGUGACUUGCUGUCUGGGCAGCUCUGCCAACCUUCGGAACAGCUGCCUCUUCCUGCAGAGUGACAUCAGUAUAGCACUGGACCCUCUCUACCCAUCUCGCUGCUCCUGGGAGACCUUUGGCUACGCCACCAGCACCACCCUGAGCAAUGUCUCUGAUGAGCUCACCCCCCUGCAGCUCUCAGGGCAGCUCAACAGCCUGCCCUGCUCCAUGGCCUUCCGCCAAGAGGAGAGUACCAGCAUCAUCCGGCUGAUAGAGCAGGCCAGGCACGCGACGUACGGGAUCCGCAAAUGUUUCCUCUUCCUGCUGCAGUGCCAGCUGACCUUGGUUGUCAUUCAGUUCCUCUCCUGCCUGGUGCAGCUGCCCCCCAUCCUCAGCACCACAGACAUCGUGUGGCUCUCCUGUUUCUGCUACCCACUGCUCAGCAUCUCGCUCCUGGGCAAGCCUCCCCACAGCUCCAUCAUGACCAUGGCAACAGGAAAAAACUUGACUUCCAUCCCCAAGAAGACUCAGCACUACUUCCUGUUCUGCUUCCUGCUGAAAUUCAGCCUGACCAUCUGCUCCUGCCUCAUCUGCUUUGGGUUCACACUGCAUGAGUCCUGCAAAGAGGUGAAUGCCACCAGCCUCAAUCUCACAGCCUGCUCCUCCAUCAUGCUGCACAGCAAUGCCGAUGGUGCUCCUGACUGGUUUGGGACAUUUUCCAACGCUCUUCUUGUAGCCCAGAAGCUCGCAGCUGGCCUGAUUGUUUUGCACACAGUGUUCAUAUCCAUCACCCACGUCCAUCGCACCAAGCCCCUGUGGAAGAAGAGCCCCCUCUCCAACCGCUGGUGGACGCUCACUGUGGCUGUUGUAUUGCUGGGGCAAGUGGCACAGACUGUGCUGGACCUGAAACUCUGGGAAAACCUCGAUUCUUCUUUGACCUUUAACCACGUUUCCAUCUCCCCCGUCUCAUGGCUCCUGGGUUUUCUUUCCUUGGUCCUUGUGGUUAUCAUCAAUGAGAUUGUCAAGCUGCACGAGAUCAGGGUCCGGGUCCGUUACCAAAAGAGGCAGAAGUUGCAGUUUGAAACCAAGCUGGGGAUGAAUUCGCCAUUUUAAAUGCUCCCAGCUCAAGUUCCCUGGAGCCAGGGCCAAACAGCCACACCCUGCCCCAGGAGAGAGGCUGCACCAAAGGCUCAGGGAGUUUUCCCUCUCACAUGCGAACCAGACAGCCUCCUGGCCAAAGUACAUCAGCACCUUGCCGGGCCCCAGGCAGGGAUCCCCCCCCAGGUAUGCUGCCCCUCCCCAGCCUGCCAGGGUACACUCACAGGAGCCUGCAAGCUCUGGUGCCUCUUCAGGCUGCUCUUCCUUUCUUUAUUUAUUACUAGAGGUGUUUGUUAGUAUCAUGGUGAUGCUGAAAUGAAGCGACUCCUUUCCUCUGUGGGAGCAGAUGGAUCUCCUGGGCCUGGCAGGAGAAUCUGGGGCCAGCAGGGGAGAUGGAGGUCUGCUGAAACAAGAGACCUCUGUUGAAACCCGUUUUGUUUUCCCCUCUCUGCCUGCUCUCCCCCUGUGCAUGCCUGUGCAUGCCCUCACCCGCCUCCCCGUCCCUGUGUCCUGGGGCAAAGGAGCCAUCCCUCUUGCAGUUCCAGGAGUGCUGGGAGCCAGGUGGGGACUGGAGCUUGCAUUCCUGAGGGGACAAUGGGAAGGGUCUCUGGCAGGGCGCUGAGACAGCCAAGCUGGGCCAGGCCUGCCCUCUAGUGUUGUUGCUGAGUCCUUAUCCCGGCUGUUGAGUGCUUCAGAAGAGGGAUGAGACACGGCUUUAGGAAAAGCUGCCCCCGUUUGACCGUCUGAUCUGGUGCAGGGGGAGUCAGGAGGGCAGCUCUGCCUGCCUGCAGGGAGCCAGCACGGCUCAGCUUCCUCCAGCCCUGUUGAACGAGCUUUUAUCUGCUUUACCAACCCCAGAGAGGUUUAUAACCGUUCUCCUGUUUGUGAUCCCAACUGCUGUUCUGCUUGAGUAACACAACACGCCUGCUUGAGAGAGCCACAGCCAGAGAUAAACCCUGAGCCCCUGCAUAUCCCACCCUGGAGGGAGGGGGAUGUCCUUCCUGGCAGGAUAUCUGCAACUCCCAGUUGUGACUCAGACAGAGCUGGUGGAUGGCUCCUUCCCCAAUCUCAGGAUUGUGCUGCAUCCAGUAUGUUCUCUCCAAGGCACAGGGAACCCCCCUUGUCAUGUCUUUCUGUGACAGUGCUGGCAAGUCUCUCCCCUCCAUGCUAAUGCCUUCACACAGAAUCACAGAAUGGUUUGGGUUGGAAGGGACUUUAAGGCUCAUCUAGUUCCACCCCCCUGCCCGUGGGCUGGGAUGUCACAGACCAGGUUGCUCCAAGCCCUGUCCAGCCUGGCCUUGGACACUUCCAGGGAUGGGGCACCCACAGCCUCCCCAGGUGACAUUUGUUCCCUGUUUUUCUGGAGGUCUCUUGGUUUGUCUGGGGGGUCCCUCCCCUGAGGGUUUGCUGCAAACCAGGAUCUGCCCCAGUGCAGCAGCCCUGCUCUGAGCUCUGAGCAGAACCCAGCUGUACUGGGAGCACUGGUGCUGUUGUGGGCUGAAGGACAAGAGCCACACAGGAGCACACAGGUUUGGCUGCCGGAGUAUUUGCAGCUCAUGGAGAUGUCGUCUCCAGUUCUAAAAACUGAUCAAACCUGGUAAAUCCUGGCCCUGUUUUUGUUCUAAUAUUAACACUACAAUUGGCUGUUACUUCCCUGUUGGUACCAGGGGCUAAUGAAUGGUAGCUGGUCCCUCCUGGGCAGGCAGGGAGCUCGCUGGAACCCCCACACCCUGCCUUGCUGCUCCACCUUGUCUUCCUCACUUUUCAGCAUAACCAGAGAGCACAGACACAGCUUUGUGUCUCUAAGCAAUACCCUCUCCCCACUGUGGGUCUGGUAGGGGAGCAAAGCUGGGUACAGGCAGUCCCUGAGCUCUGGGGACACAGGGGGGCCGCUGGAGAGGAGCAGCUGGGGGUGUUCUGAGGCCUGGACCCCAUUCCUGCAGCUGGAGAGUGGAUGUGGAGAUCCCACGCCAGCAGGAUUGCACGGGAUUGGGAGCCAGCAGCUCGCUGGCAGCUCCUCCUGCAGCCUGGGUCUGAACUCUGCCCUCACUCCCCUGGCACUUGCAGAGCCUCCUGGCUCAGGGAGAACAAGCUGCACCUUUCCCAGCCUCAACCCACUAAAUGCCAGCUCCAGGUCUGUUACACCUGGCACCUGAGAAAUCAGCUUUUCCUUCCUGAGGCCAGGGUUGGAUCACAGGCGUGGUGCGAUCUCCUCUGAGCUGGAGGCAGAGGCAGCCCAGAGCUGCUCACUGCUGUCCCUGCAGAGCAGCUUUCCCCCCUCCCAGACCUCAGCUCUUGCCCUGUGCCAGAACUGUCUUGGGUGAUAAAAGGCAGCAGAUUCCAGGGCUUCCUGCUGGCCACACCUUCUUCUUAGAGGAGGCACCUCCAAGGUUUCCUUCUCUGGGGUGAUCACAAAUGUUUAUUUUCCUGCAUCCUCCUUCCCCUGCUAGACUUGGAGGGAGCUGAGGCGUACGAAUGGAGCCUUUUGGAUGGUCUUGCCAAUGCCUCCCUUCCCUCAGCCACCUUGAGGUGUCCAAGGGUCAGGGUGCAUGGCUUCAGAGGGAAAUUUCCUACAUCAAGAUGUUUUUAAAUGCUGUAUAUUUUAUAUUAAAUUUUUUGGGAUGUAUGUAAAAAUAUUUCAUUUGUAUUAAAACUUGUAAAAUUGUAUUAAAAAAAAAAAUAUUAACAAACCCAGACCCACACGCAUCCAGUAUAUAUGAAUGGCAAUAAAUGAUUGUCUUGGAUAACACA